CGCACAUGUUCAGUGUAAAUGUCAAGAGCUGUAGACUUCAGUAAACCACACUAAAGACUUUAUUAUCACUGCCGUAAAGUGGAACUGAAAUGCUUCUCGUGUUUGUUUUCUUCUGCCGUUUGGUUUGUGUGUUUGGUGAUGAAGUGAAGUCAGUGUCAGUGAUGGAGGGAGAUUCUGUUACUCUACACUCCAAUGUUACUAAAAUACAGAGAAAUUAUGUGAUACAGUGGAUGUUUGGACCUCAAGAGACUCUCAUAGCUCGAAUCAAUAAAGCAGCUAAUAAGACAACAAUUAAUGACACUGUUCUUGACGGGAGAUUCAGAGACAGACUGCAGGUGAAUAAUCAGACUGGAGAUCUCACCAUCACAAACAUCACAACUCAACACACUGGACUUUAUCAAAUAACCAUCAGUGGCAAACAGAAGAUCUCAUACAGAUUCAAUGUUACUGUCUAUAAUCAGAUUCAGUUAUUCAUUACAGGACUCACCUCAGGUCAUAAAGUUGUGAUCUGUUGUGCUGCUGUUGGAUCUCUGAUGAUUGCAGUUGUGAUCUUCUGGAUCUACAGGAAACACACAAACAUAGAAGCAACAGUUCAGAGCGGUGAAGUGGAGAUCACGUACGCAGAACCAUCCUUCUGUAAAAGACAAACACAUAAACCGAUAGCUCCAAUGGAGGAUGAGGUGGUGUAUGCAGGCUUUCAAUAAAACGAACAUUGAAGGAGGAAAUGGGGAGGAGGAGGGAUGCCAGAAAAAUAGCUGCUGGACCCAGAGGCCGGAAGGCUGCCUUAUACGCCCAUAAUAAUGAUUGCAGGCCUGAAUGUAUAGGUUCUCUCGAACCUACGUUUAAAACUACAUUUAACAAAUUUGAUUGCCUUUCACUUCAAAACCUAUAAGUGCAUGCAAAAGUCUUGUGUCACUCUUCACUGUCCUGAAUAAAAACAAAAGGCUCAGAAAUUCAGCCAAUAUCCUGAUAUAUGUUCAGUAAAUCUCCUUUAACGAUUUAAAACUCUUCCACCUUGACAUGCGCGUGUCGUCGAUCUUGGGAUUUGUCUAACAUGCAACUUGAUUUUUUAUCUUGAAAAUGCGACUUGAAAAUGCUGUUUUAUUUAUGACACAUACUGAGCAAUGCAGACAACUGGUCUCUCCAUACAAGAGGCGUCUAGAAGCUGUAAUCACCAACAAAGGCUUUUCUAGAAAGUAUUAAAUAAAGUGUGUUACUUAUUCCCUAUCAUUUCACUUUAUUUAUUAUGACUCAACUUGUAAACUUAAAUGUUCUGAUGUCUUUGUAUGAAUUCAAUAUUUGGCUUGGUGGCUACAUCUGGUGGAAAUUUUGUGUCAAUAGCCCACUUAGAAAUCCCCUUACUGAUAAAAAUGCUAAUGUGUCAAAUACUUAUUUUCCCCACUGUAUAUCCGAGUGAAACGGCUUCUGAAAUGAUUGGAUCGUGUUGCUUAAUGCUAGUCACCGCAAUCUAUUCCUGGACCUUA